AUGAUGAUGCGCUCCUCGUGGCAAGCGGCCCUCGCCGGCCUCUCCCUGCUGAGCUCCCUCGCGGCGGCGGCCAACCUCACGGGCUACGAAUACGUCGUGGUCGGGUCCGGGGCCGGCGGCGGGCCUCUGGCCGCCCGACUCGCGCUGGCCGGGCACAAGACGCUCCUCAUCGAGGCCGGCGACGACCAGGGCAACAACCCCAACUACACGGUGCCGGCGUACUCGGCGCGCUCGUCCGAGGACGAGAAGCUCGCGUGGAACUUUUACGUGCGGCACUACGCCGACGACGCCCGGCAGGCGCGCGACUACAAGACGUCGUACCGGACGGCCGACGGCACGCUGUACACGGGGCUCAACCCGCCGCCGGGCGCCGAGAUGCUCGGCACGCUGUACCCCCGGACCGGCACCCUCGGCGGCUGCACCGCGCACAACGCCCUCGUCGCCAUCUACCCGCACCGCUCCGACUUCGAGUACGUCGCCUCGCUGACGGGCGACGCCUCCUGGGCCCCCGACAACAUGCGCAAGUACUUUGUGCGCAUGGAGAAGAACCGCUACCUGCUGCCGCUGCUGGCCAAGGGCCACGGCUUCGACGGCUGGCUGGACACGGAGCGCGCCCCCAUCACCCUGCCCCUCGAGGACCCCAAGCUGCUCAGCCUGAUUGCCGGCGGCAGCUUCGCCCUCGGCAACUACUCGCGCCUGCUGCCCAACCUGCUCGACGUGGCCCUGGGCGACGCCAACGAGGACUCGGAGUCGCGCGACCGCGACGGCGGCUACUUCCAGAUCCCGCUCUCCGCCGGCGACGGCCGCCGCUACGGCUCGCGCGAGUUUGUCGUCGCCACGCGCGACGCCAAGAACCCCGACGGCUCCAAGAAGUACCCCCUCGACGUGCGCAUGAACUGCCACGUCACGCGCGUCGUCUUUGACGAGUCCGGCGGCGGCGAGCCGCGCGCCACGGGGGUCGAGUUCCUCGACGGCGCCUACCUCUACCGCGCCAGCCCGCGGUCCGGCUCGGCCGCCAAGGGCGUCCCCGGCUCGGCCACCGCCUCCAGGGAGGUCAUCAUCGCCGGGGGCGCGUACAACUCGCCGCAGCUCCUCAAGCUCAGCGGCGUCGGGCCGGCCUCGGAGCUCGCGCAGUUCGGCAUCCCGCUCGUCAAGGACCUGCCGGGCGUCGGCACCAACCUCCAGGACCACUACGAGGUGGCGGUGCAGGGCCGGCUCCCGUCCGACUGGCGCUUCCUCUCGGGCUGCACCUUCAGCGACGACAACGACCCGUGCCUCGACCGCUGGCGGCGCCCGGGCCUGCUCACCGGCCGCGGGGCCUACGUGUCCAACGGCUUCGCGGCCGCCAUGCUCAUGAAGUCGUCGGUCGCGAGCGAGUACGACGCCUUCCUGUUCGGCGGGCCCGUCAACUUCCGCGGCUACUUCCCCGGCUACAGCUACAACAUCACCGCCGACCACGACGUCUUCACCUGGGCCAUCCUCAAGGGCCACCCGCGCAACACGGCUGGGCACGUGCGCCUGCGCAGCGCCGACCCGCUCGACGUGCCCGACGUGCUGUACAACUACUUUGACACGGGGAGCGGCGACAGCGCCGCCGACCUGACGGCCAUCCGGGAGGCCAUUGGCGUGGCGCGCGACGCAUUUAGUCGCCAGCUCGUCAAGGUGGACGAGGUGCUGCCCGGCGCGGGGGUCCGGUCCGCCGCCGAGGUCGAGGCCUACGCGAGGGACACGGCCUGGGGGCACCACGCGUCGUCGACGUGUCCUAUCGGCGCGGACGGCGACCCCAUGGCCGUCCUGGACUCGAGUUUUCGGGUGAGGGGCGUCAAGGGCCUGCGCGUCGUCGAUGCGUCUGUUUAUCCUAGGAUUCCGGGGACUUUUACCGCCCUGUCGACGUACAUGGUUGGCGAGAAGGCGGCGGAUGUCAUCUUGAGCCAGAACAAGUAG